AGAACAUGGAGAGCUGUUAGUUGGGCAGGGCUGAAGCAUACGUGGUGAGGAAGAAGAGGCUCCUACUGUAGACGGCCUUUUUCUACAAGUCCUCCCAGAAAUCCCCGGGCCAGCUGGAACCUGGAGUCAGAGAGGGAUGGGAGAGAGAUUCCCCAGGCUCUCAGAGAAGAUCAGCAGAAAGUCUGCAAGACCCUAAGAAUCGUCAGCCCUCAGCUGCACCUCCUCCCCUCCAAGGAUGACAAAGGUGCUAUUCAUCUACUUGGUCAGCAGCUUUCUUGCCCUAAAUCAGGCCAGCCUCAUCAGUCGCUGUGACUUGGCCCAGGUGCUGCAGCUGGAGGACUUGGAUGGGUUUGAGGGUUACUCCCUGAGUGACUGGCUGUGCCUGGCUUUUGUGGAAAGCAAAUUCAACAUAUCAAAGAUAAAUGAAAACGCAGAUGGAAGCUUUGACUAUGGCCUCUUCCAGAUCAACGGCCACUACUGGUGCAACGAUUAUAGGAGUCACUCGGAAAACCUUUGCCAGGUGGACUGUCAAGAUCUGCUCAAUCCCAACCUUCUCGCAGGCAUCCACUGUGCAAAAAGGAUUGUGUCCGGAGCACGGGGGAUGAACAACUGGGUAGAAUGGAGGUUGCACUGUUCAGGCCGGCCACUCUCCUACUGGCUGACAGGAUGCCGACUGGGAUGAAACAGGGUGCGGGUGCACCAUGGAGUCAUUCCAAGACUCCUGUCCUUACUCAGGAAUUCUUCAUUUCUUCUUCCUAUGCCUCAACUUCAUGUUAUUUUCUUCCCUUCCCAUUUACAACUAAAACUGACCAGAGCCCCAAGAAUAAAUUAUUUUCUUGGCUUCCUCCUUACUCCCAUCUGGACCCAGUCUCCUGGUUCCUGUCUGUCAUUUGUAAACUGAGGACCACAAUAAAGAAAUCUCUAUAUUUAUUGAAGCACUCACUCUGCAAA